CAUAUUUAUCAGUUUUACAAAAUAACAUCCAAUCAAUGGAAGCUAUUGAAUUCCAUUUCAAUUAAAUUUAAAAUUAUUUGAAUUUCCCGGUAUAUGUACUGAUGUACACGCAAUAACAGUAAAGCAGGAAGUAAAUACCUCAGACGAUGUCGUAGUGAUAAGUGCAGUGUGUGCGAGGACAAUUGGCCGCCAUUGCUCGUUGAUACCGAUGAAUGGAAAUCAGUGUAAAAUAAAAUGGAUCCAAGAUGUAGUGUACAAGACGUGCUACAUUGUGAGGUUUGUGAAACUGCUGAAGUUAAGCAUCUCUGUGAUAUUUGUCAUGUCAGUCUCUGCAAAGCCUGUGUUGGAGAACAUAUUUCUGAUGGCUACGACAACCACAAAAUAGUUUCUUACGACUCCAAGAAAACAUCUCCAAAGUUUCCAGACUGCAAGGUCCAUGACAACACUAGAUGUGAUAUGUAUUGUGAAGACUGUGAUCUACCAGUGUGUUUAAACUGUAUAAUCUCUGAAAAACACAAAAGACAUGGAUUUAGAAGUUUGUAUGAAGUAUUUAAGUCUAAACAAGAUUCUAUAGAAAGUGACUUGGAUAAAAUGAAAAACAUAUUAUUCCCUACCUAUGCUUUUAUUGAGGAGGAUAUCAAAAACAGGAUGAUAUCUUUAAAGGAAGAAUAUGAGGAUAUAAUACAAGGAGUGGAGAAACAUGCAGAAGAGUGGCAUAGAGAGAUAAACAUCGUCAGAGACAUCUUCAAAAGUCAAAUAAUCAAAAUGAGAGAUUCACAACUGCAAGCUUUAAAGGUCAAUUUACAAGACAUUGAGAAAACAAUUUCAGAGAUAGGUGAAGCGAAAGAAGAAACUGAAGAUAUUCUUCUCUCUCACAGUCUAUCACGGUUUAGCGAGUUUAUUUCAAAGUCCGAAAAGUACAGUAAGGUACCGCAAAAGCUCGUUACUGUAAAGCCAAUGUUUGUGUCUCAAGAUAUUCAUAGCAACGACCUAUACAAACAAUUUGGGAUUUUGACAAAGUCCUAUGUUAAAGAAGAAGAUGAAUAUACGCUACAAACCCCUAAAGAUGAAAGAGUUCUCCAAGAACCUGUCUUGAAAAAUGUUAUCAAUACAGGUUUCAAAAGACUUCGUAGCUGUGCUGUUGGGAAAAAGGAUGAGGUCUGGGUUAGUGGAGAGGGUAGCAAUAUAAACUGCUUCAACACUCAGGGUCUAAAACAAAAGACAAUUGAUACCAAAUUAUGCAAAUAUCCUAAUGAUAUAGCUGUCACAAGAGAUGGUGACAUUGCUUAUUCCAGUGGAAUAUCAAAAACUGUUUAUGUUGUGAAAAAUGGCAAAGAAGAAAAGUUGAUUAAUUCUUUUCAUUGGCAUCCAUUAAACAUUUGUUUUACAUCUUUGCUUGAACUAUUGGUUGUAGUAGUUAGUGCUGAUAAAUCUCAGACAAGAGUAGACCGCUUUUCGGGAUCAGUGUUGCUACAAUCAAUCCAGUUCAAUGAUAAUGGGCAACCUCUUUAUUCUUGCGGCAAGCGAGUGAAAUACUUAACAGAAAACAAAAAUCAAGACAUCUGUGUGGCUGACUGCGAUGCAGCGGCAGUCGUUGUCGUCAAUCAAGCCGGAAAACUGCGAUUUAAAUACCAUGGUCUGUUAACAGGAAUGAGUAGGGAAUUCCGACCUUUCGGUAUUGCUACUGAUGCUAAAGGUCAAAUUUUGAUAGCGGAUCCAAACAACCAUUGUGUUCAUAUUCUUGAUAGCAAUGGUCAGUUUCUGUGUGUUUUAUCUAGUUUUCUGGAGUGUCCGUUUGGUUUGUCCGUUAAUGCAGGUUCCGAACUCGUUGUAGCUGAGGGGAGAAGUGGAAAAGUGAAGAUAAUUAAAUAUUUAUCGUAGACAUUUAUUUAAGGAAAUAAAAAAAAAUUGAAAAGUCCCUAUAGAAAUUAAAAUUGUAUUUCUGGUAGUUUGUGGUGGUUUCGAAAUUACUUUAAAGAUGCAUUGUUUGUAUUGAAGUAUAUGAAAGCAGCUACUAAAACACGUUCUCAGAGAUAGCAGAAUUUGAAGGAGAUAAAGACUAUAGAACUU